AAAUAAAAUAAAAAUAAAGAAUGGGGAUGCAAUAGGGAUAAGGAGAUGGCAACAAACUCUCAAGUAUAAUCUUUAGAUUGAGCUCAAAAACACAAAGGCAUGCAAUUACAUUCCUUUCCUCUUCGACUUCACUGAAAUGCUAACAUGGAUAAACCCUCCCAAAACCCUACUCCUCCCCUUUACUUCCAUUUCCUCAAUUUCUCCAAAACCCAACAAAACCCUCAAAUCCCUUCAUAUUUCCACUCAACCCCCCAUACUUAAUACUUCAACUGAUUGUGGUCUCAAAUUCAGAGAAAAAUUACUCUAUCUUCAACAACUCAAAAUCAAUCCCACUAAAGCCCUUCAAUUAAACCCUCAUCUUCGAUCAGCAACACUUAAUACAAUCAAAUCUGUUGAAACUUGUCUCUUUUCUAUGGGUAUUGAACGUUCAGCAAUUGGUCGAAUACUUGAUAUGCAUCCCCAAUUAUUAACAUCUGACCCUUAUAAAGACUUAUACCCAAUUUUCGAUUUCCUAUUAAACGACGUCGUUUUACCGUUUUACGACAUUCGUAAAUCGAUUAUACGUUGUCCAAGAAUCUUGGUUUGUAGUGUUGAGGAUCAAUUAAAACCCACAUUUCAAUUCUUGAAAGAAUUCGGGUUUUCGGGUCAAAAUCGGAUCACUUGUCAAACCACUGUAUUGCUUGUUUCAAGUGUUGAGCUUACCUUAAACCCUAAAAUUGAUUACAUGUUGAGUUUAGGGUUUAAGUAUGAUGAGGUUGUUAAUAUGGUUUUAAGGUCACCUGGGUUGUUGACAUUUAGUAUUGAGAAGAAUUUUAGGCCGAAAGUCGAGUUUUUUUUGAACGAAAUGAAUGGGGAUUUAAGGGAAUUAAAGAAGUUUCCACAGUAUUUUUCGUUUAGUUUGGAAGGGAAGAUUAAGCCAAGGCAUAGGCUAUUGGUGGAACACGGGUUUUCGAUGUCUUUAUCGGAGAUGUUGAAGGUUAGUGACGGGGAAUUCAAUGCGAGAUUGAUUGAAAUGCGAUUGCGGUUAGUGGAGGAUAAGCAAUUGUAGUACUAGUAAUUCAAUAUGUUUUGAGUACUCCCCUUUUUUGGAUGUAAAGACAACUUCUCAUCGAGUUUGAGUAUAGAGUUAGAGGUGGAUUUAGGAAGUUGGAAGGAAGUGAUCCGAUGAGUGGUUUAUUGUGCACUUUGUGAAGCAUACAAGUUGGAAAUGUGAGUUCUAUGAGUAUAUAUUUAAGGGAAAAUAACAGUGUUUGCCUAUUUGAGGCCCUUUUAUAUAAUAUUAUACACUUUUAUACAAGGUUUA